GUAUGGAGCCGCCGCUCACUCGCUCACUGAGUGAAACCUCCAGGAACUGAAGCUACACGGAGGGGCAGACUGAGGGGCAAACAGCGGGACUACAGCAGGACUACAGCGGGCACAGGGGUUUCUUUAUCUCCGCACGGGCUCGAGCCAGGCUUCCAUCAUGCCGGUGUUUCACACAAAGACCAUAGAGAGUAUCCUGGAGCCGGUGGCUCAGCAGAUCUCGCACUUGGUGAUCAUGCACGAGGAGGGGGAGGUGGAUGGGAAGGCUAUACCGGACCUGUGCGCUCCCGUAGCCGCCGUGCAAGCAGCCGUCAGCAACCUGGUCAGGGUGGGUAAGGAGACUGUACAGACUACAGAAGAUGCCAUCAUGAAGAGAGACAUGCCUCCAGCAUUCAUAAAGGUGGAGAAUGCAUGCGCUAAGCUGGUCCAGGCCUCUCAGAUGCUGAAGGCUGACCCAUACUCCGUUCCGGCCAGAGAUUACCUCAUAGACGGCUCCCGUGGCAUCCUCUCCGGAACCUCUGACCUGCUGCUGACCUUCGACGAGGCUGAGGUGCGUAGGAUCAUCCGUGUGUGUAAAGGCAUUCUGGAGUACCUGACCGUGGCGGAGGUAGUGGAGUCUAUGGAGGAUCUGAUCACAUACACCAAAAACCUUGGACCAGGGAUGACGAAGAUGGCGAAGAUGAUUGACGAGCGUCAGCAGGAGCUCACCCAUCAGGAGCAUCGGGUCAUGCUGGUUAACUCCAUGAACACUGUAAAGGAGCUUCUGCCCGUCCUCAUCUCAGGAAUAAAGAUCUUUGUGACGACGAAGACGGCUCAGAGUCAGGGAGUGGACGAGGCUCUGAAGAACAGGAACUUCACUGUGGAGAAGAUGAGCGCUGAAAUUAAUGAAAUCAUCCGAGUCCUGCAGCUGACCUCCUGGGAUGAGGAUGCCUGGGCCAGCAAGGACACUGAGACCAUGAAGAGAGCUCUGGCACUCAUCGAUUCAAAAAUGGCUCAGGCCAAGAACUGGCUUAGAGACCCCAACGCACCACCAGGUGAGGCUGGUGAGCAGGCGGUUCGGCAGAUUCUGGACGAGGCGGGGAAGGUGGGCGAGCUGUGUGCUGGUAAAGAGAGGAGAGAGAUUCUGGACACGGCCAAAGCUCUCGGACAGAUCACUGACCAGGUGGCGGACCUGCGCGCCAGGGGUUCAGGUAUGAGUCCGGUGGCCAUUCAGAAAGCUCAGCAGGUGUCUCAGGGUUUGGACAUGCUGUCAGGGAAAGUGGGGAACGCAGCUAAGAAACUGGAGGCUAUGACCAACUCCAAACAGGCCCUGGCCAAAAGAGCAGAGGCUGCCCAGGGAUGGCUGGCGGAUCCUGCUGCAGGUCCUGAGGGUGAGGAGCAUGUGAAGGCGGUUCUUGGUGAAGCAAGGAAGAUUGCUGAUCUGUGUGAGGACCCACGGGAGAGAGACGAUAUCCUUCGCAGUCUGGGAGAGAUCUCCGCCAUGACCGGCAAACUUAGCCAGCUCAGGAAGGCAGGUAAAGGUGACACCCCCGAGGCUCGUGCUUUGGCUAAGCAGAUUGCUACAGCUCUACAGAACCUGCAGUCUAAGACUAACCGCGCCGUGGCUAACAGCCGCCCGGCUAAAGCUGCCGUCCACCUGGAGGGAAAAAUGGAGCAAGCCCAGCGCUGGAUGGACAACCCCACCAUGGACGACGGAGGAGUAGGUCAGGCUGCGAUCCGGGGUCUGGUAGCUGAGGGGCGUCGGCUGGCGAACGUGUUGCCGGGGUCGCAGCGGUCGGAGCUGUUGGGAAAGUGUGAACAGGUGGAGCAGAUGAUGGCACAGCUGGCUGAAAUGGCGGCUCGAGGAGAGAGUGAGACACCGCAGGCCCGAGCCCUCGCACAGCAGCUACAGGAAGCUCUCAAAGAUCUGAAGGGUAAAAUGCAGGAGGCCAUGACACAGGAAGUCUCUGACAUUUUCAGUGACACCACCACUCCCAUCAAACUGCUCGCUGUGGCCGCCACCGCUCCCCUCAGCACUCCCAACAGAGAGGAGGUGUUUGAGGAACGAGCAGCGAACUUUGAGAAUCAUGCCAACCGUUUGGGGGCAACAGCAGAGAAAGCAGCCGCUGUUGGAACAGCCAAUCGCAGCACAGUAGAGGGAAUCCAUGCAGCCGUCAAAUCUGCCAGAGACCUAACACCGCAGGUUGUAUCAGCUGCUCGAAUCAUGCUAAAGAAUCCGGGGAACCAGGCAGCUCACGAGCACUUUGAGACCAUGAAGAACCAGUGGAUCGACAAUGUGGAGAAGAUGACCACUCUGGUGGACGAGGCGAUAGACACCAAGUCCCUGUUGGACGCAUCAGAGGAGGCCAUUAAGAAUGACCUGGACAAGUGCCAGAUGGCCAUGGCCAAUCACCAGCCUCAGAUGCUGGUUGCCGGGGCAACCAGUAUUGCCCGACGGGCAAAUCGCAUCCUGCUGGUGGCAAAGCGUGAGGUGGAGAACUCUGAGGACCCCAAGUUCUGCGAGAUGGUGAAGGCUGCGUCCGACGAGCUCAGCAGCACGAUAUCGCCAAUGGUGAUGGGAGCCAAGGCCGUUGCCGCCAACAUACAGGACCCAGCUCUUCAGAAAGGUUUUAUGGAUUCCGGCUACAGGAUUCUUGGUGCCGUGGCUAAAGUUAGAGAGGCCUUCCAGCCACAGGAGCCGGACUUCCCACCACCCCCUCCUGACCUUGAACAGCUGCAUCUGGAUGAUGCUGCUCCUCCAAAACCCCCACUACCAGAGGGUGAGGUGCCACCCCCAAGACCUCCCCCUCCGGAGGAGAAGGACGAGGAGUUCCCCGAGCAGAGAGCUGGAGAGAUGGUCAGCGAGCCCAUGAUGGUCGCCGCCCGGCAGCUUCACGAUGAGGCUCGCAAAUGGUCCAGCAAGGGUAACGACAUCAUCGGUGCGGCGAAGAGAAUGGCUCUGCUGAUGGCGGAGAUGUCUCGGCUGGUGCGGGGAGGCAGUGGUAAUAAACGUGCGCUGAUCCAGUGCGCUAAAGACAUCGCUAAAGCUUCAGACGAAGUCACCCGUCUAGCCAAGGAGGUCGCAAAGCAGUGCACAGACAAACGCAUCAGAACCAACCUGCUGCAGGUGUGCGAGCGUAUUCCCACCAUCAGCACUCAGCUGAAGAUCCUCUCCACAGUAAAAGCCACCAUGUUGGGGCGCACCAAUAUCAGCGAGGAGGAAUCUGAGCAGGCAACAGAAAUGCUGGUCCACAACGCUCAGAAUCUAAUGCAGUCGGUGAAGGAGACCGUGAGGGAGGCUGAGGCGGCGUCCAUCAAAAUCCGCACAGACGCCGGGUUCACGCUGCACUGGGUCCGGAAAACACCCUGGUACCAGUGAGGGAGUGUUCAGUCUGGAGCAGGAGAACCAGCACGCACCAGCAAUACCAGCUCACCGCCUCACACAGCACCAGCAAUAUAAAAACACACACUCUCUCUCACACACACACACACACACACUUUCACUCCCUCAGGUCCAGCCGGCCUGUCCCGUUAUCCCAAACCUCGACCUGUAUAUCUGCUGCUCCUCCACUCCUCUGCUACAGAAUGUAAGAUCAGGGACAGGCCAUUCACUUUUUUCUGCUAUUAUUAAUAUUUCCUGAUGCAAAUUUUCCUUUUAUAAUUUGUAAUAAAUAAGAGCUUUGUUUUGAGAGGUUCCCAAGUGUUAUAUUUUAUAUUUAAAUCUGAUGAUUAUUUUCAUGUCGUGGGCACUCAGAGCUCGCAAAAAAGACUUUUUUGAUUUUUUUUAAGGUUCAAAAAUGUAUAAUUUUUUUUUUUUUACUUCAUCAUGAUUUCACCUUCCGUUUUUGAGUUUGACCUCGAGAUCAGAGUAGAAAACCUGAUCAGAUCUAGGGAUGCACAAACAGUUGAGCAACUAAAAUUAUUUGUCUGAAGGCAAGAUAAACAUGCCUUCAUGCUAUAUAACAUAUGCAAUGAUGAAAGAAAAGUGGCAAAAUUGGUGAAAACUUGCAAAAACAAGAUUAGUAUUUAGUCUCUAGACAUAUGUUUCAUUUUGGCCCAAAAAAUAAUAAUUGUGCUUCUUCAGUGUCUUUCUAUGCUUUCCUCCUUGUACCCUAAUUUUGUAAUAUUAGUAACACAGGUGGUUGUACUUAGUUCCCAUAUAGAGGUUCUCUUUUUAAGUCUUGGUCCCUUUACUGGUUCUCUUUUUCUUCUGGUAAUUUUGAUUCUUCUGAUUGUUUUGUCUUACUAUAAGGAAGUUUUUCUUUGGAUGAAAUGAAAAAAUAUAUAUAUUUUGGUGCAUCGCUAAUCAGAUCACACUUUCUGAUUUCUAAAGUUCCGUCAAUAACUCUGCCAAAGAUUCACACGUCAGGUUGAUGUUUGUCCCAUCUGUUAUUAUGUUUUAGGUUUAUUAAAAGGGAAUCAGCGUUAAAAUUACCAAACUAAUGAAAUUAAGGAAUAGUCUCAUCAUUUUCGCCAAAAAAACAAAAAAACAAAAAAAAAAAAACGAGAAAACACGAGAGGAAGUUCUAGAACUAGGGCUACUGCCACUUUGUGUUAUUGUGAUUAUACCACAGUUCCCUUAAAGAAGACGGGGAAAAAAAAGAUCAGUUGGUUAUAAGCAUUCAGAUUUAAAAUAGUUCCAUUGCUGCUCUGUUUGUAGCUGCGCUAUUUGGCUUGUAAGCGCUGCAUCGAUGCUAGGUUAGCUGUAUGUGGCGGAGUAAUAAAUGGAGAGCUUUGGUUACAGUGCAUUACUGGCUGAUAACGACACUCAUGUAACGUGUCCCAGCCAAUCACAUUGCAGGGUGGAAACUAACUCGUCUUUAAACUUGAAACUCAAACUCCCAUAAUUCACCUGGCCUUACCAUAAGUACACUGGCCAUUAUGUUUUUCAACAUUACUUAUUAGAUAUCACCUCACAACUUAUACAGGUAUGGGCAUUUGCAAGGUGUCCUCUGAAGUAGCAUUUCAAGAUCAAAUUAUAUCCUGCUGUCCCAUUACUUUGACUUUUGGUGCAAUAAACCUCAAAAUAUAAAAUUAUGAUUUGGGCUCUUAAAAUAUUAUGUAUAUGAUGUGAUUCAUCUUAUUUUAGAACCCCAAAAAAAGAGUUUCAAGAAGAUCCUGAGAGACUAUUCUUUUAAGCCAUCUGUUGUCUGAAAGAGUUCUGUCAUUUCGCUGUGGUUGAUGUUAUUGAAAUAGAUUUGUUGAGGUUUAUAUUUUCAUUCUGUUCAUUCUUAUAAAUUAUGGUGCUACAAAGGGUUUAUUGGGUGUUGCCAUAGAAGAACCAGUACUGGUUCUUUACAUUAAGAGAAAGUUUUAGUUCCUAGUUUUGGUUCUUUAUAGAACAGAGCUCUCCUAUCACCUUGCACAAAAAAGAACAAGAACCAGUUGUAGUGCCUCGAUUUCAAAGAGUAACUGGCAUGUUCUUGGAUUGUUUUAUAUCCAUGAUUAUUCAAAUACUAACUGAAUUUAAAUCUAUUUCCCAGGUGCUCUAAUAUUUGUUUUUUUAAUACGAACCAACACACACAUACACUUUAUAGACAAAUGUAUUGGGACACUUGCUUAUUCAUAGGUUCUUUUGGAAAUUAAGGGUAUUAAAAUACUUCUUUUCCUGCUUUUUUGGAGUAUCUGUCUCUACAGUCCAGGCAAUAAUUUUUAUUAGAUUUUUGAGAGCAUUGCUAUGGGGAUUUGGCAUAAAGAACAUUAGUCUCAACUCAUCCUAAAAGUAUUGGAUGGAUUAUUCCAGAAAACACUGUUCCUGUGUUUCACAGCUCAAUGCUGGGACUUUACACCCCUCUAACCCAUGUCUGGCAUUAGACACGGUGCCCAUAUAUUUGUUUGUUGUCAGCAAAAAAACUGAAUGCAACAUUUAUUCGACAAGGUAUCCACAAACAUUUGAACAUGAGUAUAAGUGCAUUUACAAACAAUGAUAUCAAUGCUGUCCUGUAAAAUGCUUGUAUCUUCAAUUUUUAUUCCACUAUUCCACUGUUCUUUAUAUUGUAUCUGAAUGAUGAAAUCAUGAUGAACGGACCAAUAGAACAGCUCCAAAAUGAUGACUUGGGCUAAAAUCUUUAUACACUUGCUUCCAUUGAAAGUUGAAGUUUUUUUCCUCCUGUAAAGUAAACGUUUUGGAGAUACAAGGUUUGUGCAUGAUAUACUAAGCGCACAGACAGUACACAGACACAUACAAACACAGCACACAGUCUCUCCCGUCCCGUUAUUUCUGAUAGACUGCCGCUGUUCUGAUAUACACUAAUAAACACACUCAUAUUUAUAAGAGUGCGAUAGAGUUUUUUUUACUCUUUCAUUUUCUAAAGUUCUGAAGACACAAGGUUGAAUGUAAAUAUCAUGUCAAGCCUGUUAUCACUCACUCAUGUAUGUGCCUUAAUAAAGCAACUAAUAAUCAACA